UUUCCAUGUAACAUCAGCGAGAACAGUAACAUCACAUAUUUCGACCUCCAUUCAUCCUUCGAUACUUCAGAUACUUGUGCGGUCUUGAUUUUAACACUAUUUUCAAAUAAAUUUAAUUAUUUUUCCACUAGAAAAGCUCAAACUGGGCUUAUAAGUGUUUUACGCUUAGCUAGUAAGUGUAUCAUAAAUAAUUAUAAUUGAAAAUGGCGUUGAAAGCUACACCGGUACUGUUCGCGAUGCUGGGGCGGCUUUCGAGGCGUAGUUUUUCCACUUCAAAGGCUCUUUCGGCAAAGCCUAUGACUGUUCGUGAUGCCUUGAACCAGGCCAUUGACGAGGAGAUGGAACGGGACGAAAAAGUCUUUGUUUUGGGCGAGGAAGUUGCUCAAUACGAUGGCGCAUACAAAGUUACUCGAGGCCUAUGGAAAAAGUAUGGAGACAAGAGAGUCCUGGAUACUCCCAUCACGGAAGCUGGCUUUGCUGGCCUAGCAGUGGGUGCUGCGUUUGCUGGCCUCAAGCCCAUCUGCGAGUUCAUGACCUUUAACUUUUCCAUGCAAGCUAUUGAUCAUAUCAUCAACUCAGCCGCGAAAACCUUCUACAUGUCAGCGGGCAACGUGCCGGUGCCGAUCGUGUUCCGCGGGCCCAACGGCGCGGCAGCUGGCGUGGCCGCGCAGCACUCGCAGUGCUUCGGAGCGUGGUUCAGCCACUGCCCCGGCCUCAAGGUCGUCAUGCCGUACAGUGCCGAGGACGCUAAAGGUCUCCUGAAAGCCGCUAUUCGCGACCCCGACCCAGUUGUAGUACUAGAAGACGAGAUCUUGUAUGGUAUGCAAUUCCCCAUGUCCGACGAAGCGCUGUCGCCAGAUUUUGUAUUGCCAUUCGGCAAGGCUAAGAUUGAGCGUGAAGGAAGCCAUAUCACGCUGGUGUGCGCCGGCAAAGCCACCGACACCGCGCUACAGGCCGCCGCUGAACUCGCCACCAAAGGUGUCGAGUGCGAAGUGAUCAACCUGCGAUCCCUGCGGCCACUGGACUUCGACACCAUCGCGCAGUCCGUCGCCAAGACGCACCAUCUCGUCACCGUCGAGCAGGGUUGGCCUCAGAGCGGCAUCGGCGCGGAGAUCUGUGCGCGCGUGAUGGAGUCGCCCACGUUCUUCGAGCUGGACGCGCCGGCGUGGCGCGUGACGGGCGCCGACGUGCCCAUGCCCUACACGCGCAGCCUCGAGCUACUCGCGUUGCCCCGCCCCGACAGCGUCGUGGGCGCCGUGUCCGCCGUGCUGCAGAACAAGUGAGUGCAGUAGCCACCUUCCCUGCACGUGCCCAUGCCCUACACGCGCAGCCUCGAGCUGCUCGCGUUGCCCCGUCCCGACAGCGUCGUGGGCGCCGUGUCCGCCGUGCUGCAGAACAAGUGAGUGCAGUAGCCACCUCCCCUGCACGUGCCCAUGCCCUACACGCGCAGCCUCGAGCUGCUCGCGUUGCCCCGCCCCGACAGCGUCGUGGGCGCCGUGUCCGCCGUGCUGCAGAACAAAAUAUCUCAAGCAGCCAGCCAGUGAUCGGGUAAUCUCGCACAUUACUCCACUACGGCUUUUAUUGUAAAUAAUUAUAUUUUGUUAUUUAUUUUUUACUUAUUUUCAAAAUGUGGUGUUCACUGCCUCCUGCAAUCUGAAAUGUAUCUGAGCAAUGUAUGAACUGUGAAUGGAGAAUUUAGAUAAUGUUAUUAAAAUAAAUCUGUUAGGAAA